UCAUUUCUUUCAAUUAGAUACCGUCCCGGUGCCGUCGAGAUCUUCCCAGCAACACGAACAACACGCAACGCAUCGCUCAGCUUAAUGCUCUUUUCUUGAUCCUCCUUAUAAGACUCCUAUUUUAAAGCUUGCUAAUUCCGAUUUUUCUUUCCAUUCUGUUUUACUUGUAUCGCCAAAAUCAAAUCAAAGGAUUCCGAUCCUUUCCCUCCACCCAUUGCCUGUGUGACACCCGGUUCCAGCCAACGCCGACCGUCCGCAGUCGUCGCAGCAGCGAGCAAUUCGAUCAAUAUUAUGACAGAGGGCACCGCGCCGACAGUUGAAUGUUUAGAUAACACACUGCACGGACUGAACGAACAGCAGGAGCAGCAGCAGCAGCAACAGGAAGAGGAGCAGCAACCACAACAGGAAACGCCGGAACAGGAGCUCGGAACGGUCGGUGUACGUAUCGAGGUCACGAGUGCGGCAGGUUCUUCCGUCGAGCUAGUCGCGAUCGGCAAGGAGCAGGAACAGUCCAGGGACGGCCAACAGCAAGCAGUCGCCAUGUCGCAAAGCACAAAGCAGGUGUCGAAAGCGGACAAAAACCUGCCCGAGCGCGGGUCAUGGGGAUCGAAGCUCGACUUCAUCCUGUCGGUGGUUGGGCUGGCGAUCGGGUUGGGCAACGUGUGGCGAUUCCCGUACCUGUGCUACAAGAAUGGUGGCGGCGCGUUUUUGAUACCGUACUUUGUCACACUGUUCCUGGCCGGCAUACCGAUGUUCUUUAUGGAGCUGGCGCUCGGUCAGAUGCUGACGAUCGGUGGGCUGGGUGUGUUUAAGAUUGCACCAAUAUUCAAAGGAAUCGGUUAUGCAGCGGCCGUAAUGUCGUGUUGGAUGAACGUGUACUACAUCGUCAUCCUAGCGUGGGCCAUAUUCUACUUCUUCAUGUCGUUACGUGCAGACGUACCUUGGCGCACGUGUGACAAUGCGUGGAACUCGAUCAACUGCGUCAAUCCGUACGAUCGCAAGGAUCUGCUCUGCUGGGAAACGAUCGGUGUGAAUGGUACGCUGACCAAGAUUUGCUCGCUAAACUCGAACAACGUGUCCAUGAGCGAUUUGGCCGAUCCGGUUAAGGAGUUCUGGGAACGCCGCACGUUGAUGAUCUCGAGCGGUAUUGAUCAGGUUGGUUCGAUCCGCUGGGAGCUGGCCGGAACGCUGCUGCUCGUCUGGAUCCUGUGCUACUUCUGCAUCUGGAAGGGUGUGAAAUGGACUGGCAAGGUCGUGUACUUUACCGCCCUGUUCCCGUACUUCCUGCUCACGAUCCUGCUGAUCCGUGGCAUUACGCUGCCGGGUGCCUUCGAAGGUAUCAAGUUCUACGUGAGCCCGAAUGUUUCAAAGCUAGCCGAAUCAGAGGUAUGGAUCGAUGCAGUGACGCAGAUCUUCUUCUCGUACGGUCUCGGCCUGGGAACGCUGGUCGCGCUCGGUAGCUACAACAAAUUCAACAACAAUGUGUACAAAGACGCACUGAUUGUGUGUACGGUCAACUCGAGCACCAGCAUGUUUGCCGGGUUUGUGAUCUUCUCCGUCGUCGGCUUUAUGGCGCACGAGCAGCAGCGCCCCGUCGCUGAAGUGGCAGCAUCUGGGCCGGGUCUCGCUUUCUUGGCCUACCCGUCGGCCGUGUUACAGCUGCCGGGCGCACCGCUCUGGUCAUGUCUGUUCUUCUUCAUGCUGCUGCUGAUCGGUCUCGACUCACAGUUCUGCACGAUGGAGGGCUUCAUUACGGCCGUGAUUGACGAGUGGCCGCAUCUGCUGCGCAAGCGUAAGGAGAUCUUCAUUGCGAUCGUGUGUAUGAUCAGCUACCUGGUCGGUUUGACGUGUAUUACGGAGGGUGGUAUGUAUGUGUUCCAAAUUCUCGACUCGUAUGCGGUCAGUGGCUUCUGUCUGCUGUUCCUGAUGUUCUUCGAGUGCGUCUCGAUCUCGUGGGCGUACGGUGUGGACCGUUUCUAUGACGGCAUCAAGGACAUGAUCGGCUACUAUCCGCUGUCGUGGUGGAAGUUCUGCUGGGUCAUCACCACUCCUGCCAUCUGUGUCGUAAGUAGCAAUGUGAAAAGGGAUUAGCUUUUUCGUGGUAACGCCUUGGGGGGAUGUGAGUGUAUUUGUGUGCACGAGGAUUGAGUGAAUGAGUUAUUAUAGAGCUUUCCCUGCAGUUCGGAUGUUCUUCCAUGCUGAAUCAACGACGCGGCGAAAGGUAAUUGGAUGUUAUCGAGCGGGAUGGGUAAUGUAAUGCAAAAUGGGAGCGAUAUUGAUUUCUUUUCAGAAUGUUCACGAUCUGGAACAGAGGGUGGCGCUUUUAAAGUCUAACGUGACGU